AUGAAGUUAGACACAAAGGCCAUGCGCCACCUCACAAAUGAGGAUUGGAAAGUUCUUACAGCUGUCGAAAUGGGCAGCAAGAACCACGAGAUCGUACCCACACCACUCAUCGAGAAGCUUUCACGACUACGAGGAGGAGCUAGCGGCGUGCACAAGAGCAUAUCGAACCUCGCAAAGACAGGACUCAUCGGCCGAAUCAAGGAGGCCAAGUACGAUGGGUAUAGGCUCACAUACGGCGGGCUAGACUAUCUAGCGCUCCACACCUAUUCAACACGCAAAGAUGUGUACAGUGUUGGAAGUCGCAUUGGCGUGGGAAAGGAAAGCGAUAUCAUGAUGGUGGCAGAUGAGACCGGAACACAACGAGUGCUCAAGAUCCACCGUCUGGGGCGUAUAUCUUUUCGCACAGUCAAGGCAAACCGGGACUACCUCAAGAACCGGCAGGGCGGAUCAUGGAUGUAUCUGUCCAGGUUAGCCGCCAUGAAGGAGUUUGCGUUCAUGAAAGCACUAAAGGAAGACGGGUUUCCCGUUCCAGACCCUCUGGCCCAGUCGCGGCAUACCAUUGUUAUGUCUUUCAUUGAUGCCUUUCCACUCCGGCAAAUAGCGUCUGUUCCUGACCCAGCCAGUCUCUAUGCCGAGCUGAUAGCUCUGAUACUACGACUCGCGAAGCACGGCUUGAUACAUGGCGAUUACAAUGAAUUCAAUAUCCUCAUUAAAGAGGAGAAGGCCGAGUCAACAGGGGUAGAGACUGAGGAGGCUGCGGUCACACUCACCCCCGUGGUCAUCGACUUUCCCCAGAUGGUAUCUAUGGAUCAUCAAAAUGCAGAGAUGUACUUCGAUCGGGACGUCAAUUGCAUCAAGAGGUACUUUGAGAGGCGGUAUCAUUUUGUGAGCACUGAGCCUGGACCCUUCUUCAAGGAUGCGAAGAAGUCUGUUGGUAAGGAUGGUGCGAGGAGGAUAGAUGCUGUAGUCGAGGCAUCUGGGUUCACCAAGAAGAUGGCCAAGGAACUGGAGGCAGCAAUUCGAGAAAAGCGAUCAUCGAAACGAGACAGUGAUUAUUCGGACAACGGAGAGUCCGAAGGUUCUGAUGAGGAGGGUGAGGAGGAUGAGGAAGACGAGCAGCCAGAAAGUGUCGAAAGCGAUAUUCCAGAAGGGUCAGAUGAGCAGCCUGCGGAUCAAAUACAUUCUGAGGAGGAAGCCGACCCCGCCAAAUUGCCUACCGAGAAGAUAGGGCAGUUAGACAUAGCGACCGAUGCGUCAAAAACAUGA